AUGCCCUCCCCACCCCGCGAACCCGGCCGUGCGCCCAGGCCCACCCAGGGCCGCCCCAACGCCCUCCGCACAGCGGAUCUGCGCCGCCGCCCGCCACGAGGCUCUGACCUCCGAGGGGCCCCGGCCCGCCACGGCCUGACGCCGCCCUCCCCUGCGGGUCCCGGCCGGAUCCUCCCGGGGGACUACGAGGGAAAGGGGCCCGGCGGCCUCACCCGCAACGGGGGGCGGCUCUCCCGCGUCGUCGGCCGCGGGCGCCAGGGUGACGGCGCCGUCCCUCCAGACGCGGAUCUGCGCGGCCGAGCGCACACGGCGGCGGGGCUGGCGGCGGCGGGCGGCGGCGCGCAGGGAGCCGCAGCACUGGUAGCACACGGCCCACGCCUGCUCCUCGUUGAUGGGCUGGUUGUAGAGCCGCAGGAUCUCCUCCAGGCUCAGCGCGUCCUGCGAGCCCCCGGCCGCGCCGUCGCCAUCCCGCGGGUGGGCGCUGCGCUCGGCAGUCGCGCCGUGUGCCGGCGUCUCCUCAGCCCCGGAGCAUCGUCUCCGCGCGCCGCCGCCUCACCAUCCCCGGAACCGCCACCGCCCAACGCGGCCGCGCGCGCCGCCGCCGCCGGUACCAGGCGAGUGCCCGGGAGGCGUGGGCGAGAGGAGGGCGGCGAGGACACGGCUGCAGUCCGGAGCAGACCGCCGCCGGCCGGUAGCGACGCGAUGGCGUCCGGCGCCCCGCCCCGCCUCGCCUCGCGCAGUCCGGCGCCGCCCAGCGCCCGCCCCUCAGGGGGCCGCACGGGCCGGGGGAUGCACGCUCUGGAGGUGAGGACCAGGCAGGACGGCCUGGCCUCGAGGCGAGAUGGCCGCACGGUCUCUCGUGGGCCGCGACCCGCAGGGCUCGUAGAGUCGCAGGUGGUGACGCGCGGUCGGGGGCCCGGUCGCAAGGGACACACGGCUGGGGGCGCGAUGGCGCUGGAUGGCCGAAGGUCUGGUUGAGAACUUGAACCCGCCUGAAGCGGAUGCCUAAGAAAAUGCAGGCCCGCUGAAGCCUGCCCGCCGGCCCUGAGCCCUGAAAGCCUCCCGCAGUUUCCCCGACCCCGCGGCCGCUCUGCGCGUAUUCCGAUUUCUUGCUGGUUGAAUACCUCCCUCUCCACUCCCAACUUCAGGGUAAGCACCAUAAGGAUGGGGAUCUUCACGGGUUUUCCUCACUGACGUCUCCCAAAAGCUAAACCAGGGCCUGGAAUAUAAACAUGUCGUACAUAAUUUGCAGGUGUUAGUUUCAGCGUCCUUCCGGAUUCAUUUGUAACAUUCGUCCCUUCCCUCACUAAGGUAAUGUCUCAAGUACCACACUCAUCAGAGCGUGUGGAAUGAGUAUCACAGUGGUAAAAUUGAACUGAGGGCAAUUAGCCAUAGAAA